AUGCCUGAUGAUCCACAGUGGUUCGAAUCAUAUAAUGAUUCGUCUUUAUUUGAUACGUAUCUGGUCUAUGCUUUGAUUGGCACAUUACUAUUCAUUGCAUUCAUUGGUGUAUUGGUACUUUUAGCUACAUCAUAUUGCUGUUUAUACAGUUAUUUUUGUUGUUAUCGUCGUCAUCGUCAUUCGUCAUAUCAAUUAAAUGAUAAAGUUCAGGAGCAUGAAAAUCGAGAGAAAAUUUCCUGUUUACAGCUAUAUGACACGUAUCCGUAUUUAGUCAAUCAAUGUCCAUUGGAAAAACAAAAUUUCAACACGAGUUAUACAACGAUCAAUACUAUUGGGAACCCGAGUAUACCACGCACUCCAUCUCUUCACACAGUUCCACCCGAACAACAGUAUGAUGUUUCAAUUUCGUACAAGCCCAGUGCUCAUGUUGGUGUCACCGCAGUCAAAGAUCAUGUUAGAACAACAAACACUUGCUUUCAAGUUUCAUGUUGGCCUACACCACUGAAUCAUUUCAAUACAACGCAUGAAGUUGAUCAAAAUAAUCUUCGCACAUCUCCAUGUGCAAAUAUUUACGAAACAGUAGUUCCCAUCACCGCUGAUACUGCUCCUGUAGAUCGUGCUACACCCAUAUACGAAGCAGAGUGGACACAUAAUUUGAAACAGCUAAUUAUGACACGGAUGCCGUCCUUUGAACUACCAUCAUUAUCAUCGGGAAUAACUGCAACUACUGAUUAUUUUCAACAACCACAUCCGUAUAAUAAAGUUUUAGCAGCUCGUGCCAAAGCAUCGGAUUCGAUGCGGCGAAAUAAAAUGCUCAAGAGAUUGAAGGAUGAUACCGCUUUUUUGUAUUAA